CAUAGACAUUGAAAGGUAACGCGAACAGGUAGUCGCGUUGAUUUGAGGUUAAUUUGUAUUAAAAGUUGUUUUAAGUAUUUGCAAAAAUGUCCCAGAGGCGUAGCGCCAGAAACAAGAAAAAUGCAAACGCAGUGGAGACAGAAAAUGAACUACAAUUAGAGGAACCCCCGAAAAAGAAAACUAGGACCAAGCAACAGAAACCAGUCCCAGAAAAUGAGCGGGAAAUAAACACUGAAGUUGAAGAGGAAGCCUGGAAAAAUGCUUCUUCGAUCUAUGAAUUCACAGCCAAAGAUAUAAAUGGAGAAGAAGUGUCUCUGGAGAAAUAUAAGGGCCACGUUUGCAUCAUAGUAAAUGUUGCCUCAAGAUGUGGUCAUACAGCGUCGAACUAUGAACAGUUCAACAAAUUGCAUACCUUGUAUGCAGACGAGAAAGGGUUGAGGAUCCUUGCUUUUCCAUGUAAUCAGUUUGCCAGUCAAGAACCAGGGGAUAAUAAGAAGAUAUGCGAGUUUAAAAAGAAAAAAAACGUUGAAUUUGAUGUUUUUGAAAAAAUCGACGUCAAUGGUAAGAAGGCUCAUCCGCUUUGGAAAUUUUUGAAGGACAAAAUCGAUGGGCCGAAAGGACCCAACAUUAACUGGAAUUUCACCAAAUUCAUUAUAGACAAGGAGGGAAAAGUGGUUGAAAGGUUCAAGCCUACCGUUAAGCCCUUACAGCUCGUAGAGCAUCUCGAGAAAUAUUGGUAAAAGAUUUGCUGUAUGUAUUCUUAAGUCUAAAUACCUCAUAUAUUGUUUUGUAUUUUAUCUGUAUCUAUGACAAAGUGUUUAGUUAAUAUUUACCUUCAAUAAACGUUUAUUUUUUCAUGUAAAUUACA